AAUCUACUUCAUCUCAAUCAUUUCAAUAUUCUGUGGAGAGUUUGAUCUUUUGUUGUUUCUGUAAUCAUAAAAAAAAAAAAAAAGAAAACAAAUGGCCUCUUCAUCAUCUCCAACUACGCUUCAAAGAUCGGAUUCCAUUGCUGACAAAAUGCCUGAUGCAUUGAAACAAAGCCGGUACCAUAUGAAGAGAUGUUUUGCCAGCUUCGUUAAAGGAGGAAAGAAGCUAAUGAAGCGUGAGAAUCUGAUGAGUGAGAUAGAGAAAUGUAUAGAAGAUAGCCGUGAACGCAAGAAGAUCCUGGAAGGACUGUUUGGUUACAUUCUCACUUGUACUCAGGAGGCGGCAGUGGUUCCACCGUUUGUUGCAUUAGCCGCGAGGCCAAAUCCUGGUUUCUGGGAAUAUGUUAAGGUUAACUCUGGAGAUCUAUCAGUGGAUGAAAUCACAGCCACGGAUUACUUAAAGCUCAAGGAAUCUGUUUUCGAUGAAUCCUGGGCUAAGGAUGAAAAUGCAUUGGAAAUAGACUUUGGAGCGAUUGAUUUCACGACUCCUCGGCUUAAUCUUUCUUCUUCGAUUGGAAAUGGAGCUGAUUACAUCUCUAAGUUUAUAUCUUCUAAGCUUGGAGGCCAAUCCAGCAGUAGACUAGAGCCUUUGUUGAACUACUUGCUCCACCUUAAUCAUCAUGGAGAGAAUCUCAUGAUCAAUGAUGAUCUCAACACAGUUGCGAAGCUCCAGAAAUCUCUAAUGCUUGCUGUGAUUGUAGUCUCGACUUACCCAAAACACACGCCUUAUGAAACUUUUGCACAAAGGUUGAAGGAACUGGGAUUCGAGAAAGGUUGGGGAAAUACAUCAGAGAGAGUAAAAGAAAUGAUGGUUAUGCUCUCAGAAAUUCUUGAAGCACCAGACAGUGUGAAGCUAGAUUUGCUCUUUAGCAGACUGCCCACAGUGUUCAACGUUGUGAUAUUCUCUGUCCAUGGCUAUUUUGGUCAACAAGACGUGCUUGGAUUACCAGAUACUGGAGGCCAGGUUGUGUACAUUCUGGACCAAGUAAGAGCUUUGGAGGAAGAGAUGCUCAGCCGAAUUAACCAACAAGGCCUCGGAUUCAAGCCUCAGAUUCUUGUGGUGACACGGUUAAUACCUGAAGCAAGAGGAACAAAGUGUGAUCAAGAACUAGAAGCCAUUGAAGGAACCAAGCAUUCUCAUAUUCUCAGGGUUCCUUUUGUUACAGAAAAAGGAAUCCUUCGUCAAUGGGUUUCUCGAUUCGAUAUCUACCCUUACCUGGAGAGAUUUACUCAGGACGCAACGAGCAAGAUUCUCCAACGCUUCGAGUGCAAGCCUGACCUCAUCAUCGGAAACUACACAGAUGGGAACUUGGUUGCAUCUCUAAUGGCCUCCAAACUCGGUGUUACUCAGGGAACCAUUGCUCAUGCGUUGGAGAAGACAAAGUAUGAAGAUUCAGAUGCAAAGUGGAAAGAAUUAGAUCCAAAAUACCAUUUCUCUUGCCAAUUCACAGCUGAUUUAAUCGCAAUGAAUGUCACUGACUUCAUCAUUACCAGCACAUAUCAAGAAAUCGCAGGAAGCAAGGAAAGGCCAGGACAGUAUGAGAGUCACACUGCCUUCACAAUGCCUGGUCUAUGUAGAGUUGUCUCUGGUAUUGAUGUGUUUGAUCCAAAGUUUAACAUAGCUGCUCCUGGUGCGGAUCAAUCUGUAUACUUCCCUUACACAGAGACGCAAAAAAGAUUGACCAAGUUUCAUCCUUCUAUACAAGAACUGCUUUACAAUGAGAAAGACAAUGACGAACACAUGGGAUAUCUUGCGGAAAGAGAGAAACCAAUCAUCUUCUCAAUGGCGAGACUUGACACGGUUAAGAACAUAACCGGUUUGGUUGAGUGGUAUGGCAAGGACAAGAGACUAAGAGAGAUGGCUAACCUUGUAGUCGUUGCUGGUUUCUUCGACAUGUCGAAAUCUAAUGACAGAGAAGAAAAAGCUGAGAUCAAGAAAAUGCAUGAUCUAGUUGAAAAAUAUAAGCUCAAGGGGAAAUUCAGAUGGAUCGCUGCACAAACUGAUAGAUACAGGAACAGUGAGCUCUACCGAUGCAUUGCUGAUACAAAAGGAGUAUUUGUGCAACCUGCUUUGUAUGAAGCAUUUGGUUUAACGGUUAUUGAAGCCAUGAACUGUGGACUCCCAACGUUCGCCACAAAUCAAGGUGGACCAGCGGAGAUAAUCGUUGAUGGUGUUUCUGGUUUCCACAUUGAUCCAAACAAUGGUGAUGAAUCUGUUACCAGAAUUGGAGAUUUCUUCAGCAAAUGCCGUACAGAUGGUUUGUAUUGGGAUAAUAUCUCUAAGGCUGCUCUUAAACGCAUCUACGAGUGCUACACAUGGAAGAUUUAUGCAGAGAAAUUGUUGAAAAUGGGAAGCCUUUAUGGAUUUUGGAGACAGGUGAACGAAGAUCAAAAGAAAGCGAAGCAGAGAUACAUUGAAAUCUUUUACAAUCUCCAGUUCAAACAAUUGACCAAGAAAGUGUCAAUCCCGGAGGAUAAACCUAUGCCUCUGAGACUGGCUUCACUCCGUAACCUCCUUCCCAAAAAACCAACAUCUCUUGGAGGAGGAAGUAAGCAGAAGGAAGUUACAGAAACCGAAAAGGCGAAACAGAAAAGUAAAAAUGGUCAAGAACAUAAUGAGGUUAAGAUCAGAGAAGGAGAAGUGAGAGAGGGUUUGCUUGCAGCUGAAGCAUCAGAGAGGAUGAAGAAAGUUUUAGAAACUUCGGUAGAGAGACAGAGGCUAGACAAGAUGAAGAUUGCGUACGGACAACAACAUAACCAAGGAGCUUCGUCGGUUCGAAACUUGUUUUGGUCAGUCGUGGUUUGUCUCUACAUCUGCUACAUUUUGAAGCAGAGGUUCUUUGGUACUAACUCAUCUCAAGAGGAUUAAAACUCUGCUUUGGAUCGAGGAUACAAAAAGCUGUAAAUCUAUAAUGAAUGAUAUUACCAUCGAUGUAAAGUUAAUUAAUAUAACUAUGGUCGAGAUUAAAAAAUUUGUGAAUUUUAUUUUUAUAAUGUUUUGGCUUUUCCAUUGGACAACUCUAUAUAA